AUUGUCCAGACUCAGAAGCCAACAGGGGAAUAUGUAUUUGAUUACAAUGGCAAUGAGCUGUACCAUGUGGAUCUGGAUAGUAAGCAAGUAGUAUGGACCCUCCCCGGCUUAGAGAAACACAUGACAUAUGAUGUACAGAAUGCGCUGCAAAAUAUGAAAGUAGGAAAACACAACUUGAAUAUAAUGAUGGUGCGCUCAAACCACACCCCAGCAACCUGUGUUAUACCCAGAGUGAGAGUGUACCCGGAACACCCUGUAGUACUCGGAGAGCCAAACAUCUUGAUCUGCUCAGUGACAAACAUCUUUCCUCCGGUAAUGAAUAUAACUUGGCUGAAGAAUGGAGAGAAGAUAGACCGGGGGGUUACUGAAAGCCUCUUCCUACCACGCCAGGAUCACUCUUUCUUCAAGUUUCUCUAUCUGGCUUUCAUCCCAAAUAUAAAUGACAUUUACACAUGUGAAGUGGAGCACUGGGGCCUGGAUGAAGCACAAAGGAUCUUCUGGGAACCUGACGUUCCCCCAGUGCUAUCAGAGACAACAGAGACCAUAGUCUGUGCUCUUGGCUUGUCUGCCGGAGUAACUGGGAUCAUAAUUGGAGUUUUCCUGCUCAUGAAAGGAAUGAAACACAAUACUGAACAAAGGAUGAGAGGAAGCUACUGA